AUGACACUUCGGGGCACAGGAGUAGUUGCCCGGCUCUUGGUGGCCCUGGUCGCGGUGGCCCUUGGAGGUUACCCUCUCCUCGGGGUGAGCGCCACCUUGAACUCCGUGCUUGUCAAUUCCAAUGCCAUCAAGAACCUGCCCCCGCCGCUGGGAGGCGCUGCGGGGUCGGCGGUCAGCGUGGCGCCCGGGAUUUUGUACGAGGGCGCUAACAAGUACCAGACCCUUGACAACUACCAGCCGUACCCCUGCACCGAGGACGAGGAGUGUGGCCCCGACGAGUACUGCGCCAGUCCGCUCCGCGGAGGCGCGGCGGGUGCGCAGAUCUGCCUGGCCUGCAGGAAGCGCCGCAAACGCUGCAUGCGCCACGCCAUGUGCUGCCCGGGGAAUUACUGUAAAAAUGGAAUAUGCAUGCCUUCUGAUCACAAUCAUUCCAGCCGAGGGGACAUUGAGGAGACCAUUAUCGAAAGUUUUGGUAAUGAUCACAGCACCUUGGAUGGGUAUUCCAGGAGAACCACGCAGUCCUCAAAAGUAUAUCAUACCAAAGGACAAGAAGGUUCUGUCUGUCUUCGAUCAUCAGACUGCGCCACAGGGCUAUGUUGUGCUAGACACUUCUGGUCCAAGAUCUGCAAACCUGUCCUCAAAGAAGGUCAAGUGUGCACCAAGCACAGGAGAAAAGGCUCUCAUGGGCUAGAAAUAUUCCAGCGUUGCUACUGUGGAGAAGGUCUGUCUUGCCGGAUACAGAAAGACCACCAUCAAGCCAGCAAUUCUUCCAGGCUUCACACCUGUCAGAGACACUGAACUCACUGGCUGUCUAGCCGUGAAGGACUGUUAUAUAAUAUAUGCUAUAAAAACCUAUUAUGACCUUUUUUGUUAGCUCACUCCUAAGGAUGUACACAUUUUGAUAUUAUAGUUAAGCAUUCCAAUAAUACUUU